AUAAAAGGCCUUCCAGACCUAAUUUUUGGUCCAUUCUGAAGUUAAUACUCAGCAAAAUGUUUAGUGCUUUAGUGUACAUUAUUCUGUGCCUGUUGGUGUCAUCAGCUUCCACCACAGAAGAUAAGUCACCAGAGACUCAACUUUCAACAAACCCAGUGCCAGGAAUUAACUCUUCAGAUGCCAAGAAGGAAAGCGUAGUGGUCUACAUAAAACAGCUACCACCCUCCGAGCAUGGACGCCCUGACCCGCAACCGGACGCCAAAAUCAUCAAUCUAAAGUUCAUCUCCGACCCAUCCUCCGACUCCAAGGGCAGAGUACGACGCUCCGACAGGGAGGAAAACGCAACAUGCCACGUGACCCCGAUAGUCCUGUUCAUCUCGUCGGACGAGCCGAAGACGGACGAAGCGGGCAACAUCGACCUGAAGAACUACCCGGACCCGAUCAACAUCACGGUCGUCAACGACCCCAACAACUCCUCCAACUUGGAGGUCAUUUCGUCGCACCCCUCGAAGUUGUUUACGGAAUCGUCGGGGGAUAAGUACGGUACGCCAGACAACCAGGAGAGGAGGCCCAACAGGGUGGUGCGUAAACGUGAGCUGAGGCACAGACGAUCAACGGACGGCAAGGAGUACGGGAACUACGUGAGGUUCUUCGAGAGCAUAGUCAAGAAGAUAUGCGAGAAAAUAAUGAACCAGUCCAUCGGGUUGUCCAUGAUGAACAACGACGUGCUGGACGAAAUCCUGGACACGGUCGCCACUGCUGAAAUCAACGAGAUGAACAAGUACCUGAGGCUGUUUAAGUCUUCGGACAUGGAUAGUGUGCUGCAGUUUUGCUCCCAGUACGGCUACAAUUGGCCUAAACACUAAUUAAACCUUGUUACUAGUUGUAUUGUUGUUUAUUAAUAAAGGUUGUUACUGAAUAA